UCUGGUUGUUUUAGUUCUGUUCGUGCCCGUUCUUAAUCCACCUUACGGCUUUUAUUGUUCCGAUUUUUGAAAUUUGACCCUUACUUUAACAUUGAAUCUCAUUUAAAUAUAAACAUAAAUAUGAGUUUGGACAACCUGUUUCAACAAAUUAUCUUCACUGAACAGCUGUUAUCUGAGAAAACUACGAAGUUACAAGAAGUCAAAGUUUCAGUCGUCCGAUACGAAGAGAAAAUAAAGGCCUCCAAUGAAAAGCUGACCAAGAAUAACCAAGAGCUUUUUAACAAGACUCAGCAGUUGUAUGAGAUGAAGCUGCAAAACGAUCUAAUGAAGAAACAGGAGCAACAGACGGAGAGACAGUUGAAAGAACUGCUCUGUCAGCAGGGCCACCUCAAGGAACAUCUGGAUCGAAUCAGAACAGAGGCCAGUGAGAAGCAGGAGCAGUUUCUGGAAGAGAUCGGGAGAUUUAACAAUUGCUUCAGCCUGGUUGGGAACAGAGAGUCAGUUACUGAGAGCCAGGCACAAGCUGAGAUCCUCCAGCUUCAGGGGGAAGUGGACUCCAUACAUAAAGAGAUGGAGCUUGAGCACCAGAAGAACGGUCGCAUAAACUCCCUGCUGGAGGAGAACAAAGCCCUCCUGGUUGAACUGAAAGACCUGGAAAACAUUAACAAAGACUUGGAUCGGCAAAUUUCGGAGGCCAAGGGAGUGACAGAAUCUCUUAGAGAAGAGAGUGUGACAGUCAGUCUGAAACCCCAAACAGACAGCACCUGUAUGAGGUUAAAGAAGGAGCUGGAGCUGCUGAAAGAAGGGGACUUGGAGCUUAUGCGCAAGGCCCUCAGUUUAGAGAUACGCUUUCUACAAUCUGUGAGUACCGCACUCUGCAUAGGCCAUUAUGUAAACAGCAUAAACGUUGUAAUUACUUUGUGUUUUAAUCUUGUGUUCUGAGGGGCAAGUAAGAUUUGAGUUUGUUAGGAAUAUAAGAGACCAAGAAUUUGAAACUAAACCUUAAAACCAUCCCUCUCUGCUCCCUCCCCUCUUACCUUUCUCCUCCAUUGACACGUGUUGCGUUUCACGCAACUGUGAUUGACAGUUGCUUCAAGAUUGAUUCCUAAACAA